CGCGCGCGCGCCGCUGCCGCUCCGGCGGCAGUGUGCGGCAGAAAACAACAACUCGGCGACGCGUUGAAAACGGGGAGAAAGCGACUUCCAAGUCGCUUGGAAGUGCGCGAGACGCGGCGGUUUCGCGGCGGCCGCGUUGAGCGCAUUGUGUCCGAGCUGCAAACUGCAGAGCGCCGCACCGUAACGCGCCGUUAACGAGGCUGCACUCCAGCGGAGUUGGCGGCGCUCAGCGGCAUGGCAGACUGCAGUAAACACGGAGUUGGAGAGGCGGGGUUUGACAUCCCGGCGCCGAAAGCGGCUCUAAUCCAGUAUUUCAGGUGGCGAAGGCGAGCGAGCGGCCAGUGCUCGCUUCCGCCGCGCAUCCGCGAAGCCAAACGCCGCGGAGCCGCGCGCCUCCGGAUAAAAACAAGAAAACCGGAAUUUACCGCGAGUGGACGGCGACGUGGGGGGUUCCGAGAGCCCCGGAGCCGCACAACACCCGGGGGGAGGGAAGUUUCCGCGGCGCCGGGACGAGACUUGGACGCUGGUGUGUGAGCGGGGCGUUUAACGAGCGACUCGCCUCUGAAAGUCCAGCUCAGGACUCGGGUCCGCGACGGAGGACUUUACGGCGGCUCGACUCGCUUUCUCACUCCGAGGUCAUGGCUGGACCUCCAUAAGGCCCGUUUGCCGCUGACCCGUCACCAGCACCAGGACCAUGCGGGUCCGCCAUCCUGUCUGAACCCUGCACACCCGUCCACGCGACAGGAUGACCGGCGCCUGCGUGUUCUGGAGUGUCCGGACGCUGCUCAUCAGACGAGACCCAAAGCAGAGACCUGGGUUCUAGCUCUCUGUGCCGAUUCCAAACUUUUUUUUUCCCCUCUACUGUUUUUACACGCUUGUGAGCAGAACGCGAAGGGAAACCGCUGCCAGCGCCGCUGGAGAAAUGGACCAGUAGCCCAUGUGUAGCAGGGGCGCUGCUGCAGCUUGUGGAAUAACCUAGACCCCGAGGGGCCGCUCCCGGCGCCGCCCACCGUCCCCCCCGUCUCACGGCGGACCCCACUGUCCAAUGGCAUGGGUCAAGUUCUUCAGGAAGCCGGGGGGCAACCUAGCGAGGUCGUACCAGCCGGGGAGCAUGCUGUCGCUGGCCCCCACCAAGGGCCUGCUGAACGAGCCGGGCCAGAACAGCUGCUUCCUCAACAGCGCCGUGCAGGUCCUGUGGCAGCUGGACAUCUUCAGGCGCAGCUUGCGGCAGCUGCCGGGACACUUCUGCUUAGGGGAUUCCUGCAUCUUCUGUGCAUUGAAGGGCAUUUUCUCCCAGUUCCAGCACAGUCGGGAGCGAGCGCUGCCCUCCGACAACCUGCGCAACGCCUUGGCGGAGACCUUUAAGGACGAGCAGCGCUUCCAGCUGGGCCUCAUGGACGAUGCCGCAGAGUGCUUUGAGAACAUCCUGGAGAGGAUCCACCUGCACAUUGUGCCUGAGGAGACAGAUGCCUGCACCUCAAAGUCCUGUAUCACACACCAGAAGUUUGCUAUGUCGCUCUAUGAGCAGUCGGUGUGCCGCAGCUGCGGGGCGUCCUCCGACCCGCUGCCGUUCACGGAGCUGGUCCACUACGUCGCCACCACCGCCCUCUGUCAACAGUCACAUCAGCGCAGAGAAGGGGAGCUGUCGUUCGGGGAGCUGUUACAGGCUGCGAGCACAACGGGGGACGUUCGCAACUGUCCAAGCAACUGUGGUCAGAGGAUUAAGGUCAGACAGGUCCUGAUGAACUCCCCAGAGAUCGUGACCAUAGGCCUCAUCUGGAACUCGGACCAGUCGGACCUCACCGAGGACGUCAUCCGCGCUCUGGAUUAUCAACUCAGCCUGUCUACGCUCUUCUACAGGGUGACGGAUGAGCAUGCCAAAAAGGGAGAGCUGAUGCUCGUGGCCAUGAUCUGCUACUCCAGCCGCCACUACUGUGCCUUCGCCCUCCACACCAAGUCCUCCAAGUGGAUGUUCUUCGACGACGCCACGGUGAAAGAGGUUGGCACCAAGUGGAAAGAUGUGGUCACCAAAUGCAUCAGGGGGCACUUCCAGCCUCUCCUCCUCUUUUACGCCAACCCAGACGGGAGCGCCAUCACCACAGACGAUGCCUCAAGACCCAACUCCAGCCAGGCCCAGUCCAAGGCCUCGGUCAAUGGGGACGUGCAAGCUUUUGAGCCCUCGGUUCCAGCCCCCAAGAAGCUGGAGCUCACGAGAGAGAACCUGAAUGCUCUGCUGAACCAGGGCACGUUGAAGCAGAAGACCCCAUCGGCCUUCAGCAGGAGCAGCGCUCAGACCAGCGGGGGGCGGGGCCCAGUGAAAAUCAGCAUCGGAGAUCCCAAGAGCCGCCUCAGGGAAAUUUCCAGAGAGGUUGCCCAGAAAGCGGGAGAGAUGCGGAGCAUGUUCCCGACGAGGAAGGAGCCCGGCAGGAGCGCUCAGCGGAGGGCGGAGACGCAGCGAGAUCCUGAGCAGGAGAGGACCUACUCCCGCUCCGUCUCCCCCCCAGAGGACGGCUUCAAGCAGCACGUGGAGAGCCGACUGUACAGCAGCCAGGGAAAAGGUCUCAUCCGGAGCGAAAGGACGGCCCAAGCGGCCGCGCACUCGUCCCACGAGCCGCCCCGCUCCAACUCCAGAGUCCAGGUGCCCCCCGCUGCCCCCGGCGCCAGCAGCGGCUACCGCCACCGCAGGCUGGAGCAGCUCAACGGCUACGACACCGACAGCAGCCAGGACUCGCGGGGCCGCGCCGGGACCGGAGCCCGCGGCCGCAGCCGGGCCGGCCGCCCCUGGAAGCCCAUGCGGGAGGCGCUGAACGUGGACAGCGUUCUGAGCGCCGCCGGCGACGCCAGCCCGGUGGAUCAAGAGCCGAGGCAGUACAGCCCCCGAAGGCGGCCGAGCGCUCAGUCGCCCACGCGUGCUCCCGGUCCCGGCCGCGAGCGGGACCGGGAGCACGCGUGGGCGGUCCGCGAGGAGCGCAAACCCAAGAGCCUGAUGACCAUCUACGAGGACGAGCAGAGGAACGAGACCUGCGGCAGCCGCAGCUCGCUGGACUCCGACGGCAAGGGCUGCAGCGACAGGGACCGGCCCAAGGGCCCGGCGGCGCUCAAGGCGCGCGGCGACAACUGGAAGAUCCAGAGGACGGAGUCCGGGUACGAAAGCAGCGACCGGCUGAGCAACGGCUCGGCCAACCUGGACUCGCCGGGGGUGGAGAACCUGCGGCUCCUCCCAGAGCUGCAUGUGGCCAGGGAUCACUUCCCUCCGAGAAGGAGUGACGAUCUGAAGGCGGACGUAUUUCCUGUUGGAAGAAAAUCUCCGGAUCUACAAGAAGAAAGCCUGUCUGGGAAGCCCGUGUACAGAAGGCGGGCCUUCCGCUUCACCCCUGGGGUCAUGGAGCAGGGCGACGGCCCGGACAGCGAGGCCGACGAGAACGCGGACCGCAGCCCCGUGAGCCCCGAGCCCCUUUAUUUGGCCAAGACCAGCAGUUCUGAGUGGAACAGCUCCGACGACCUCGCCGGACCCUUCUCUGAACAAGAGGAGACCCACGCAGACGCGCUCCUGCACGGCGGCCCCCCCCCUUUACCCCCCAAGACCUUCGGCAGCGGCGACGCCGACCCGUUCGGCCUCCGCUUACAGCCACCGGAGCUGCCAGCGCGCACCAGCUCCCGCGUGGAGCCCAGAAACGGCCCGUCCCUCCCCUCGCACACCACCCUCCGCCGCUGGAUCGAAACGCCCGGCGACCACCGGCUUUCAUCGGACGCCAGCUCCAAGUCGGGCUCAUCGGACCAGGACCGGAACGACCUGUCGGCCAGCGAGAGCGACGAGAGGCUACCGAGUCCAAAGCCCGCGCUGGACGAGGACACGGACUCCGCCCCCCGGACGGACCGGGCCUUUCCAACCACCUACUUCUCGGUGGAUUCUUGUAUGACGGACACUUAUCGGGCCAAAUACCACAAGAGGCCUGCCAUGCACACGAGAGCAGAGGACCAUACGUCAUCAGGGGAGAGCGACGUUGAAGGGAGGUUCCACCUCCUGCCAGAUGUUCCACCACCAGAGCCUUCCAAACUCAAAACAGAAUCAGGUUAUUCUACAACCAAGACGACUGCAAAGUGGAUUCCGGUUACUCCUAAAGGACUUGAUGAGCAUGGGUUCCUCUGAUUUCUUCUUUUUCUUAGCAUAAACACCAUCAGACCUCGAAUGAUCCAGUGACUGGAUGCCAAAAAUGCUACAGUGUGACUUCCCCUACGUGGGAUGUCUGCUAAUGAAUUUAUGUAACAGGAAGUUGGACAGGAAAGAAAAUGCCAAAAAGAUUGUGGAAAAAACUCCGACAGGUGUCCUUAAUGGCGGUGUGGCUGUUAUGGUUUGAACUACUGAAAGCUUUGAAUGAAAUGGUCAAUUUGCACAGUGAAGGUACAAAAAAGAAACAUGCCUAAAAGCAGAAUGGAGCAGUUAGUUUAGAAACAAACGUGCCCCCACUUUAUCACACUCACUCACGGGUGAAAAGAUUUCUCUCUUGCAGUUCUUUUUGUUCGAAUACUCCCAUUACAGUGUUAUGAGACGGCUAAACUACUAACCUUUGUAGACUUUGACACGUAGCUUUAGAGUGGGCCCUGUUUUGGCAUGACUUUAAAAUGGAUCCCAAGGAUCCGCAUGAAUGUGACGCCUGAGGACAUCCACGUUGGUUCGUGGCCGGUCACGCUUGCUGGGACGUGGGACGUCUUGUUGGUGCAAGCUUCUGAUUAUAACAGCAACAGGCUUUUCUUCUCUCAUUAAGCAGAGGUCAUACAUCAGAAUCAGUAAACCAGUGUGGAUGUCCAUCAGCUGUGAGGUGAUGGGUAGAUGUUAUGUUCAACAUUAGCUAAUAAGGUUUGUAGCAGGAGGCGUUUGGUGUCUCCUCACAUGCAAACCUGCACAUGACUCCUCCUUCGUACAUAUAAAUAUAUACUGUGUUUUAUGUCUGUGGUUUUCUUCUCACACUCCCAGCCUUCAUCCACUUGUCGUUAGCAAAAUCAACAGAUUCCUACAUGGUUUUGUGACCUUUCUUUAAAUGGCUCUAUUAGCAGCUAGUCUGCUCAGAUUGGACAUAGACGGGGUUUGCUUGGUUAGUGAGGGGUUAAUAAUAAUAAUAUGUUGUGAAUCUGACCAGUGGACUCGUUUUUGUUCACGUUUUCUAUAUGCAGCAGACUGAUGCACAGUGCCUUUUGUAUGCUUUUUUUAUGUCAAGAUGAGAUUAAAUUGGAACCAUGAUUUGUACAAUUGUUUGAUUCUGAGGAAUUUUUGUAACAUUUAAUUUUAUUUUUAUUGAUUAACAGUUGUUAAAUAAACCAUUGUAUUUAACCAUA